AUGUCCACCUCAUCCAUGCCCAUCAAGACAGAAGGGGGAUUCGCGUACCCGAACGCGCCUAUGCCCCGGACGGGCAGACCCGACUUUCGGCGUCCCUUUUCCGAUGGGUCCAUGACUGUCGCGACAUCUGAUCUCGCUGCGUCCCUUCCCAACCCCUCCUUCAUGGGCUCCUUUUCAUUCGACAACCACCAGCCCUUCUUCCAGCCAUACAAUUACAACUUGGACCUCCUCCCGCCCAUGCCGGUGCCGGUACCGGUACCGGUACCGGUCGCCACUCCCGUCCCAAGCGCGGCGGCGGCGGAGGAACGGUCGCGCUCCCUCUCGCGGGGAUCGGCGGGCAAGGCAAAAGCGCCCCGAAGUAGAUCAGGGCGUAAAGGAUCCAUGACGGACGUGAAGCCUACGAUUGCUCGGGUCCGGACAGCCUCUAAUCGGGCUAUGAGCUAUAGCCAUCCGGACGGACGGCUCGGACUCGGACUGGAUACCCAUCUGGAGCACCAGCGGACCAACUCGGUCUCCCCUCCAGACUACGCGUACGGCCUCGCGUCAUCCUGGAACGGGAGCGGUAGCCUGCCGAGCAUGCAGAGCUUCGGUACAACGAUCGACGAGGCUAUCAUCGAUAGUCCCAUCUCCCCGUCUAGCCACCUGCCUACCCUACCGGCGGACGCGACCGAGGAAAGCAGGAAGCAGCGCCGGAGGGAAUGUCACAAUCUCGUCGAGAAGCGCAGGAGGGAACAUAUCAACACCAAGAUUGAUGAGCUCGCAGGGUUGCUCCCGCCGCAGUAUCAGCAGCUGGACGAGGGGAUGGAGGAGGACGAGGAGGAGGAACCGGUUGAGAGUCCCAAAGGGAAGCGAAAGCCGCGAAGGAGUUCCAUGGCCAAGCAGAAGGAUAUGGCUCAAUGUAAGGGGAGGAUCCUGACCCAUAGCGUCCAGUAUAUCCAUGACCUGCGCCAGGCGAACGACAACCAAGCCGGCCGGAUCGCGCAGCUCGAGGCUAUCCUCUCCGCGACAAACUUCGUCAUUCCCCCUUCCUUCUCUCAGCCCCCUCCUCAGGCCUACUAUGACCCCUCGGUCCACGCGCACAGUCUGCAAACGCUUCGCCCGAGCCCCGAGCCCGAGCCGUUUGGCCAGAACUGGAAUGGCUUCAAUCCGGUGUUUGAGCAUUCCCCGCCAGAGGACUUUGAGAAUAGCUCGGGGUCGGCCUCGAGAGGGGAUCAGCAGUCUCAGUCUCAGGCUCAAAGUCAAGGUCAAGGGACGGCGGGGAGGAGCAGGCAGGACUCGCAGAUGGACUUGCAGAUGGGUAUGGGGGGGAUGGAGCUGGAUCAGGUGUUUGGGCAAAGGAGGGAGGAGGAGAUCGGGAUGAGGUGGUGA